GAAGCAGAUAGCCACAGCACAAAACUUGCUUUGAAAUCUGACUUCACUGCGAACGCUGCGGCGGAGGAAGAAAAAGGAGGGGGGAAAACAAUUCGUAGAAAAAUCAGCAAUCAAAGAAGAAAAUAAUUUCCAUAGGAAAUCGCCCAAUCCCCUUUCCUCUUCUCUCUCGAGGCUUCGGAACGUGCGGGGAACUUAGCCAGGAUGGUGGGCCUGGUGGCGAUCGAGAACCAGAGCCAGGUCGCGCGGGCGGUGGUGGCGGAGGCGGUGCUGGCGGCGGGGCCGCGGAUCCCCAAGGAGGCGCGGCUGCUGCUGCACGAGCUGGCGGCAGCGUGGGCGGACGUGGCGGACUGCCGCGCGCUCCAGGUCGUGCCGCUCAAGGGCGCCAUGACCAACGAGGUCUACCAGGUGCGCUGGCUCACCGGCGUCCCCUCCGCGGGCGGCGAGGCGGAGGAGCCCCGGGGGGAGAGGGAGGUGAGGAAGGUGCUCGUGAGGAUAUACGGUGACGGGGUCGACCUCUUCUUCGACCGCGAGGACGAGGUGCGCACCUUCGAGUGCAUGUCCCGCCACGGCCAGGGUCCCCGCCUCCUCGGCCGAUUCCCCAACGGCCGCGUCGAGGAGUUCAUCCACGCAAGGACACUAUCAGCUACCGACCUUCGCGAUCCUGAUAUUUCAGCUCUCGUUGCUUCCAAACUGAGGGAAUUCCACAACCUUGACAUGCCUGGUCCCAAAUCUGUGCUCAUUUGGGACAGACUAAGGAACUGGCUCAAAACUGCUAUGAACUUAUGCUCAUCUGAUGAAGCCAAAGAAUUUGGGUUGGACAGCCUGGAGAAUGAGAUUACUGCAUUGCAGAAUGAUGUUUCAGGUGAUUACCACUGGAUUGGUUUUUGUCACAAUGAUCUUCAGUACGGCAACAUCAUGAUUGAUGAAGAGACCAACAUGCUGACCAUCAUUGAUUAUGAGUAUGCAAGCUUUAACCCAGUUGCAUACGACAUUGCUAACCAUUUCUGUGAGAUGGCGGCUGACUAUCAUUCAGCAAAUCCUCAUAUCCUGGACUACAGCAAAUAUCCAGGUAUUGCAUCACUGGGAGAGCUGCUGAUGCAUGGACUUCUAUUCUUUAAAUCAGUUUGGUCAAUCUUGGUUCAGUUUCAGUCUUCCUCAUGUGCUAUUCUCUUUUACAUAACAGAUAUUGAUGAGCAGAAACGUUUCCUCAAGACAUACCUGAGCAUUUCUGGUGAGGAACCUGAUGCGGAAGAGGUGGAGAACCUGCUCCAAAGCAUUGAGAAGUACACGCUCGCCAGUCAUCUAGUAUGGGGGCUCUGGGGUAUAAUCUCAGAUCAUGUCAACGACAUUGACUUCGACUACAAGGAGUAUGCAAGGCAGAGAUUCGAGCAGUACUGGCAGAAGAAGUCUGCAAAUCUGCAAUCUUGACUUCUUGAACCGUGUGAAUAAAACACCCGUGGCCUCAGGGGCUCCUUGAGGACCUGUGUUGCAAUUUGCGAACACGAGGUGUCCGAUGUCACUGACAAAGCGAGAAGCUGUUGAAAUGAUACUGACAACGAUGAUGACGAAGAACCCCGUCUUGGGAUCAGGGAGCGCAUGUUUCGGAACUUGAUUGGCUUCGGCUUCGGCUUCAUGAAGGAAGAAGCUAUGGGGCUUCGGUGGCUCGUUUAAUUUGUACAGUAAGAAGGCAAGGCUCGGGGUUGCGUGCUGUAUGCUCAAUUUGGCUAGCAUUGCCGUGGGCUUUGGUGCAGUUGCUGUUGUGUUUCCCAGUUUCUGUAUGCUUGAUACUAAUAUAGUGGAGAUAUUGGCUAUGUACUUUGAGACAAUGUAUACUUUGUAUA